GCACUGAGUAGACGCGGGCACACACGCAGCAACACACACACACACACACACACACACACUUGUGGGGGGGUGGGGGGGAAGACGCACCGAAGACGCACGAAGGUCAGAGUCUUCUCACCGAUACUCUGCGCCUUUUUCUUCUCUCAACGACAGGAGAAAGAGAAAAAGUUUUUCCAGAAAGAGAAGGGAGAGGAGAGGAGGUGUCGCCCGGUGUGAGCACGCAGAGACAAGCGAGCGCUCUUUGGCUUCUUCCUUUUCGCAUCUUGGAAUUUGAUUUAUUUCUUCAUUUUGAAUUACUUCACUUCCCAGAUUUCUUUCCUUAUUUUUUUUUUUAAUUUUUAAUUUGACGCGCGCCCGGUUCUCGCUGUGGGACCUCAAGUCGACCCCCGGGAUAAACUGCGAGGAAGAAGGAGAAGGAGACAGACAACAGAGAAUAAAGAGGAGCCGGACCAGGGCGAGCCAAAGGGGGCCAAACACUCACCAGGUAUGGCGGCGGUGUUGCCGAGGACCCUGGGCGAGCUGCAGCUCUACAGGAUCCUGCAGCGAGCGAACCUGCUGUACUACUACGAGGCUUUCAUCCAGCAGGGCGGCGACGACGUGCAGCAGCUGUGCGAGGCCGGCGAGGAGGAGUUCCUGGAGAUCAUGGCCCUCGUCGGCAUGGCCAGCAAGCCACUGCAUGUGCGCCGCCUGCAGAAGGCGCUGCGCGACUGGGUCACCAACCCGGCUAUCUUCAACCAGCCGCUCACCUCGCUGCCCGUCUGCAGCAUCCCCGUCUACAAGCUGCCCGAGGGCUCGCCCACACUGCUCGGCGCUCAGGACCGAGCCAACACGGCCAGUGUUAAGAUGCCCAAAGCGGUCGCGGCCGCCUGCUCAGAUCCGGGUAAGCUGGACGUGGCGCGGGACAAGGUGUCGGCCGGGUCGCCCCUGCAGGGCAGCAGCGAGGCGCGGUUCUGGUCGGGCCACAGCAACGACAGCGAGCACAGCCUGUCGCCGUCCGACCUCGGCUCCCCGUCCUCACCCAGAGACGCUCUGGAGGCUCUGGAUGCCGCGGCCGUCCAGUCGGUCCUGGAGUGCGUGGACAGGAUGGCGCCGGGACUCCCCAAAACAGACCUGGCCGAGGUCAAAGAGCAACUAAAGAACAACAAAAAGUUAGCAAAGAUGAUUGGACACAUCUUCGAAAUGGGCGACGAUGACCCGCGCAGGGAGGAGGAGAUCCGUAAAUACAGCGCCAUCUACGGACGCUUUGACUCCAAGAGGAGGGACGGCAAACACCUGACGCUGCACGAGCUGACAGUGAACGAGGCCGCGGCUCAGCUCUGUAUGAGGGACAUGGCUCUGCUGACGCGUCGAGACGAGCUGUUCGGACUCGCCCGGCAGAUUUCCAGAGAAGUCACCUACAAAUACACCUACCGCACCAGCAAGUCUCGCUGUGGAGACAGAGACGAGCCGUCGCCAAAAAGGAUAAAAACAGAGGAGAACUUCUUCGAUAUCCAGGAGGCGCUGCAGGCCAUCCACAUGAGACAGGAGAUGCUGAGGGAGCAGCUGGCCUGCGCUAAGUUGAAAGGAGAGGAGACCGUUGGGCGGAAUCUGCAGAUGCAGCUGGAGCGUCUGCUGGCGAGGCAGAUGGAGAUCCUGCAGGACGCCGCCGUUCAGGAGCGACUCCAGGCUCUGGACUGGAGGAUCCCGCCCGCCGCGUUGAAGUACCUCAACGACGCCCAGAACACUACCGGAGCCACCGCCGACGCCGGCAGGGACAGCCAAGAUGAACGUCCCAUCAACUUGCGGGUGGUUAGUCAAAGCAUGCAGGAAGGGGACCUCCCGUUGGGCAAACAGCUAGCCAACGAACUGAAGCGUCAUCACAACCACAACCACAACAACAACAACCACAACAACCACAACCACACAGACGAGACCAAAACACCAGCAACAGAAAACGGGACGUCGCAUCGGGCGCCCAGCAACGCAGAGAAGAGGAUCAUCAAGUCAGAGCCUGAAGACUCCACAUAGUGCCUCCCACCACACACACACACACACACACACACACACACACACUGCCCGACCCCCCCUUUGACCCACUCCCAAUUCAUUCUACUCACACUUGACAGUAUGCAGUUAUUACCCGUCAAUAGAUACUAAGCAAGCACAGCCACAGUAGAGCCUUAACAACCAACGUUGCCUCAUGAAAAGCAUUUAUUUUUCUUUGAUUUUGUCUUUUUCUUUUUUUCUUUUUUUUUCUUUCUUUAUUUGAAAAGUUAUUUGCCAAAGCACCUAGAGAGCCUGUCGAGAAGCUCCACACAGGUCUUUGUGUUGUUGAUUAAGUGUACAUGUUAGAUAUACAUGUAGUUUAAGAGUGAUCUGUUGCAGACGUUUGUGUACUCUUUAGCUCCGCCUGGGUGUUAUUUCUGUUGCUUUCUUUGGACAGCCAGGUCGCGGGCUGCGACGCCGGGGGGCUGAGUCUCAACUUAGGUUUCGGAGAUUCAGAGACAGAAAGCAGAAAUGUUGGCUUUGUCGCUGCACGUCCACAUUAAAAUUGAGAUCGGCGUGUUAUCUUCAUCGGCUUAUGUGACUACAAAAAAUUCUAUCUUACUGGCACUUUGAAUUCUGAAAUAUAAGUGCCUACAGUUUUUUACCAAAUUAAAAUAUAAUGAUAAAAUUUGGAAAAAGACAUUCAGGUUGCUCUAAAAGGAUUAAUUGUGCAAAUUGUGUUGAUCGUAGCAUUUUCAUAUACCUUUUGUAAGGUCAAAACAGCUGUCCAAUAUUUUGGUUUAGGACCAAACCUCUGAAAGAAACUUAUGACGUUCCCAUUAGUCUCGUCUGUACUUUUGGUAACAGGCAGCUCUUUAAAGCAAACUUAAAAGGUAAAUUUCACCAAAUUGUUAAUAUCCUAAUAUUAAGAUGUACGGUUUUUAGGCAUUUUGAAUAAUUUUUAGUCCACUUUUGAUCUGUUUACGACCAUCAGAAUACAAUUGAUGCUUUCUGUUGGCAGUUAUCAUCACACUUUAGAUGGUAAAUGGUCAAAUGUACACACAAGCAUAUAUGAAUAUUUAUAAAAAAAAAAGAGUAGUCACCGCAUAAUAAUGGCAGUUAUACAGAGUGUGCCAAUUUUGAGAUUAACGGCCAGAAUGCUUUCACAAGCCACAGGUGAAUAAUAAUUCUUUUAUGAUAAGAAGAUCAAAACUUCCCAGCAGUAGCCAAAGAUGAAGCAGCAUCUUGCUGGUGGCUCAUUAUCUCAGAACUAAAUUAGAACUAACGUUUAAAAGUACUGUAGGGAGACUGAGUUAGGAUUCAGCCCCUCGAGCAGGUUAGUUUGGUUUUUUUUGUCAUUCACUUCAAAUGGGAAAACAGGAGAAGUGGGAUUCAUCGUCUUGUGUAUAUUAAUGGGAGGUAAUUUAAAGAACAGGAUGUACAGGAGCUGCUCAGGACCUCUGUCGUCCGUCCGGCACGAUGGCCGGGCCGAUUGGUUCGUUUCGCUUUGUAAUUUAGCAAAACAACUGCUGUUGAACCAAAACCCUGCAUCUACAAAACUGGGAUUAUUUAAGGAAUGAAGACCCCGGGGGGGGGUCGUCAAAUCCACUCAGUAUGAAAAGUGUCAACUGAAGACGAUAACAUACUAAACAUUGCAGGGUUGUGGGGUUUUCAACAGCAGCAGCAGCAGCAGCAAAAAAAAAAAAAGGUGACUUCCCGUCUGUGUAGUGUAAAUAGCAGCAGCACGUGACAUCGAUGGUGUGAGCCUCAUCUCUCUUCCUCCGUCACGUGUAACUGUGCUGUAGAUCUUCUCGGUGUCGACGCGGUGUUUGUGAACGUAGAGCCAAGUCAAAACGAAGAAAGAAAAA